AUGCCGCCCAAGGAGCACCACAGGGCACCGCUGCCAACCCCAGGACAGCCUCAGCCUCACACACAGCCAAAGAAACCCACCGUCAUCGGCGAAUACGAGAUCAUCUCUACUCUCGGAACGGGCUCAUUCGGCAAAGUCAAGCUCGCGCGACAUGUCAAGACCGGACUCAAGGUCGCGAUGAAGUUCAUCAGCAAGAGGAAGAUCUCGACCGCCGAGAUGUCGAACCGCGUUCACAGGGAGAUCCAGUACCUCUCGCUCCUCCGACACCCUCACAUCAUCAAGCUCUACGACGUCAUCUCCUCCCCCUCGGACAUCGUCAUGGUCAUCGAGUACCUCUCGGGCGAGUUGUUCGACUACAUCGUCCGGCGGGGCAAGAUGCCCGAAGACGAGGCGCGCAGGUUCUUCCAGCAGAUCAUGAGCGCACUCGAGUAUUGCCACAGCCAUAACAUCGUCCAUCGCGAUCUCAAGCCCGAGAACCUCCUCCUGGACGAGAACCUCAACGUUAAGAUUGCGGAUUUCGGAUUGUCAAACAUCAUGCGCGACGGCGACUUUCUCAAGACGUCGUGCGGGUCGCCCAACUACGCCGCGCCCGAGGUCAUUAGCGGAAAACUAUACGCGGGACCCGAGAUCGACAUCUGGUCGUGCGGCGUCAUCCUCUACGUCAUGCUCUGCGGCCGACUGCCCUUCGACGACGACCACAUCCCGAUGCUCUUCAAGAAGAUCAACGGCGGAAUCUUCACCCUCCCCCCGUUCCUCUCGUCCGAAGCGCGUUCCCUCCUCUCCCGCAUGCUCACAGUCGACUCGAACAAGCGUAUCAAGCUGCACGAGAUCCGCCAACUCCCCUGGUUCCAAAAAGACCUCCCGGCGUACCUCUUUCCUCCUCUCUCGCAACUUGCCCGUGGGGACGGAACGAGCGAUGGAGGUGCGGAGGGCAAACAUCAGUAUGAGCAUGUUGAGCAUCCUUUUGGCCACCAAGGACCGGGGAGCGAGGCGGGUGGGAGUAGUGUGGGCGAUGAGGGGAGCGAACCGAAGACUCCGACGGGCAACGAACCAGGCGCGAUGGGUCCCCUCACGCCUGUUCCUCAACUCGGCUCGACACCCGUAGGAGACCACCAGCGGCGUCGCGAGUGGGUUGAGGGGUUGGGCGUUGUCGAUCAGGAGAUUGUCGACGAUUUGUGUGGCAAGAUUCCGGAGCUCACGAGCGAGGAGGUUUGGGCAAAGUUGAAGGAGGGAGGGGACCGAGAGUUGAGGAUUGCGUAUCAGCUCUGUCGGGACAACAAGCGGAUGGUCGAGGGUUCGCACUACGACGACGCCGAAGCGAUCCAGACCUUCUACUCUCCGCCAGGCGACGCGAGUCUACUUCCCCGUGCUCGCCAGCCCACGCUGCACCGCAAGAAGACCGCGACAGACUCGAAUACCGCUGGCGACUCUCCCCGCAACACAUCGACCGACCUGCGCGAAGCCGCGCAGCCCACGACGAUCCGGGUUCUCGAGUCUUCCCUCCGCCGCCCGCUCGACGACCCCGAACUCGCAGCGCUCACAGCCGGUCCGGGCCGACCUCUCCUCCACCGCUUCAACUCGCCCCUGCGCAACGUCGCGCAGCCACUCACGCCCACCGCCGCGGCCGGCGCGCAGAACUCGACUUCCCCCUCGAACGCCCCUCCGCCACCUGAGAAACCUGCGCAGACGACUACCAAGCGCCUGCGACAGCGGUGGCAUUUCGGAAUCAGGUCGAGGAGCGAGCCGAUGGAGGUCAUGCUCGAGAUUUAUCGGACGCUUAAGGCGCUGAAGAUGGAGUGGAGGGUGAGGAAGGGGGAUGAGGAGAAGGAGAAUGAGGAGGGUGGGAAUGGGGGUGGGAAGGAUGGGAAGGAGGGCAAGGAGGGUCGCGAGAGGGAGAGGAGUGGGGGUGAGGAGAGCGAGAAGAGGAGGCGGAGGAGGGAGGAGGAGGAGCGCGUCAAGAAGGCGCACGAGCUCUACUUUGUCGAGACGAGGUGCAGGAUGGACGAUGUCAUGGUUCGCAUGGACCUCCAGCUGUACCGAAUCGACGACCAGAACUACCUCGUCGACUUCCGCAACCUCGGCUACCGACCAAUCCGCUCGCCUUCAGCCGCGCACUCGGCGACUUUCCCCGCCUCGUCUGCCGCCUCGUCAGCGAGUGCGCCGCGAACAGGCUCGCGGGAAGUCUCCCCCACAACUUCAACGCUCACGUCGCCUUACCUCCCAACCGGCACGAUUGAGCUUCCGCCUCAGCACUCGUCCGCCGCUCUCAACGCUGUCGCGACUGCCGCAGCAGCGGGAACGUCGACCCCACUCAGCUCGUCCCUUCCGCCCAACACGGCCGACGAGCUGCGCGCGCGACACCCCGAGCUUAUCGGCAACCGCAAAGCCGGCGAGCUCUCGACCACACCCAACUCGGCCGCCGCAACAGCGAUUGCAGCCGCGAUGGGAGGCGUCAAGCCAAAGCGGAGAACGGCGGCCGAAGUCUCGAGCCCUUACCUCUUCCUCGAGUGCGCGGUUAGACUGAUUGUCGAGCUCGCGAGUCCGGCUGGGUCAUCGUCGAAUGCGCAGGAGGGUCAGGCGCAGCAGCAGAGUGGGCAGUCCUGA